UAUAUAAGCUCCGGCUGCUCAGCUAUCGACAUCAAUCGACUCAAGUCAAUCUCAGACAGUCUAAGUCACUAAAAACAAACAAAUCCAAUCACCAUGAAAUUCAUCGUUGCAUCAAUCCUCCUGAUGGCUCUGAUCGCCGUAGCGAUGGGUAAACCAACGGAAGUUGAAUCCCUCGAGCCAACUAAGACGGAAUCGGCAUCUCAUCAAGAACAGAUCGCAGAAGCAGGACCCCGCGAUAAACGUGGAGUGAUAUUCGGCGCGUACACCGCACCAGUGGCUUACACCGCAGCUUACACAGCGCCAGUGGCUUACACAUCGGCAUACAGUUACCCCUAUGCCUACUCCGCCUACUCAGCCUAUCCCUAUUACGCUGCUGCCUACAGUUCACCCUACUACUUGGCCUAGAUUUUCACUACGAUCGUUUUACUUCUAGCUCCUACUCGUCCACCCUCGAGACAGCUCACUCUCGCUUAUAUUGCAUUCCCAUGGAUUCAUUAUCGAUUGUAAAACCACUAUUAUUUUUAUUAUUAUGUUUAUUUUUUGACUAUAAAUAAAUAUUAAUAAAGCAUA